AUGAGACUGUUUUCUCUAUCCAGGGAAGGUGAAGACCCAUCUGUUACAUCUGGGCCUAGAGGGCUAGAGGAAGCAGUUAUUAGGUUAAUCCCAGUGAUUCAUUAUAAGCCAGAAGAAGGGGACACAGACUUUGGUGAAAGAAGCAUUGAUGAUUGUGCAGUUUGCUUGAGUGAGUUUCAACGAGAUGAGAAGCUGAGGGUUAUACCAAACUGUGGCCAUGUCUUUCACAUUGAUUGCAUAGAUGUUUGGCUUCAGAACAAUACCCAAUGCCCCCUUUGUAGAAGAAUGGUGUCCUUGACAAGCCAAGUCCAUGUUGACCAACUAAACCUUCCCACUCCAAGGCCUUCCCUUCAAGGUCAAAGCCAAAACAUUGAAAACCAUGCUAGUGAUGAAGGUUUUGUUGUGAUUGAUUUGGAUGGUGAACUUGAUAGAGACCAAAACUUACAAGGAGGACAAGAGUUACCUACUGUUAGUGUUUCCUCACAAAGAAAGUUGGCGGAGCAGAAGAAAGCAAAGAAGCUUGAUAAAGUGAACAGCUUGGGAGAUGAAUGUAUUGACAUUAGAGCCAAAGGUGAAAGGCUCUCGGUUCAAGCCAUGAGAAGGUCUUUUUCCAUGGACUCAUCAAUGGAUAGAAAGUUUUAUGGGGCAAUUCAACUGGCUUUUCAACAACAACAACAAAAUGGGCAUGUCCAUGAGAUGAACAGAAUUGAAGCUUGUGGUGGCAGUGAUAGAGUCAAGAAAUCAUUCUUUUCUUUUGGUCAUGGAAGCAGACCAAGAAGUGCUCUAGUAGUACCUGUUUAUUUGGACCACUGA